GUCACCAUGACUACACCCGAGCUCGCCUACUAGCAAACUAAAGAGUAUGAAAAAAUAGUACGGCGCUACUCUAAGCCUGGUAUUUGGACAUACUCUUUUACCGAGUCCGAGAUAUUUUGGACGUGUGCAAAACUUCGAUGUUGACAGACUGAAUGCGUCGAGUGUGUGUGUGUGUGUGAAGAAAAAAAAUAUAAAGGGAAGAAGAGAAAAGCUGGAUCCUUCACACACUUUCAAGGUGGGCAGCGUUUUGAGUGAGGAAGUGCACGCGCUGCAAGAAUAUCAGAAAUAAAGCCAGGCUUGGGAUUUAUUUAUUAUUUUAUGUGAACAACAAAACUCCUGGAAAGUUUCGAUUUGACUUUGAUUUUGGUUUAUAAACCUUAUAAACGUAUUUUACGGUUAACUCGAGGAGGAAAACUAGUAACACAGGGUACGCACGCGACCUUUUUAUUAUUAUUAAUUUUUUAGGGGGGUUUAUUUCCAGGUGAGUUUUGUUGUUGUUGUUGUUGUUGUGCUAACUGACUCGCGUGUACUGCAGCUAAGAACAUUCUCGAAGUGUGGAAAAUAUAAAACAGUGUGUUUGAUAUAUUGUUCGGAUUGAAUUAAAGUAGCAGCUAGCUAACGUGUUGUAGCUAAGUGAAGGCUAGCUGUCACGGUGUCUGUUCUGUCAAACCGUCGUGUUGCUCGGUGUUUGUUAGCUAACUAGCUAAUUAACGGAACUAACUCAAGCUAAGCCAUUUUUUCAUACGAAGUGUUUGGUAAUAAUGUGUGUGUGUGUGUGUGUGUGUGUUUUUAAAGGGAUUUGAAUGAAAGUAGGCAGUCUAACAAACAGGAGAAAACAAAGAAAGCGUUAACUAAAUGACUCGAUAAUUUCCGUUACAUACUUAUAUAGUAAAUUAGCGCGCGCGCGGGUUUGUUUUAUUAUUAUUAUUAUUAUUAUUAUUAUUAUUAUUCUUUAAAAAGAUAUCUUAUUUAUACGUCCUCGUGCGUUUGGGCUUGGACCGGUGUGGAAGCGGGAUGUUUAUGAUGCACUGAUUCAGCAGAUGGCAGUAGCACGAAGGGCUGUCCUCAUCCUGGAUGUGAUGCUGAAACAAUAAGGCUUUUAAACCCACCUCUCCACCACCUCCUCCACCUCCAGCAGCACGAGCAGCGGUGUAGUAAAAACAUCGUGUGAACGGAGUCCAGAUGCGGCCGCACGCGCCAGAGGUUAUUGCUCCAGUUAUCGCAGAUGUGAAUCAGCGCGAGCGCCUUCAACGCGCCACGGUAGUGAAAUCGGUUCGUCUGUGAUCAAGCACCACGGACUUCGAGACUCAUCCCUCACAGCGUCGACCCGCGCUCAUGGCGGAGUUCACAGAGAAACCAGGAAGCGCGGACACACAGCGCGAGCUCUCGGGCUCGGUAUCGAACGGCGAUUGUGGACUUGCACCAGAGCUGGCUGGAUCAACCGGACCGGAUAACGCAUCAGACGGCAAACCUGGGCUACCCCGAAAGGCCAGCAUCAUCAAGGAUGGGUCAAGGCAGCGCAAAGAGAGAAAGAAGACCGUCUCUUUCAGCAGCAUGCCCACAGAAAAGAAGAUCAGCAGUGCUAGUGACUGCAUUAAUGCCAUGGUGGAUGGGUCCGAGUUGAGGAAAGUGAGGUCCAACUCCAGGGUUUACUAUCGAUACUUUCUGCUCGAUGCAGACAUGCAGUCUCUCAGGUGGGAGCCGUCGAAAAAGGAGUCGGAUAAAGCCAAAAUCGACGUGAAGUCCAUUAAGGAAGUGCGAAGUGGUAAGAAUACUGACACUUUCAGGACCAACGGUGUUUAUGAUCAGAUUUCAGAAGACUGUGCAUUCUCGAUUAUUUACGGAGAGAACUACGAGUCUCUGGAUCUAGUUGCGAACACUGCUGAUGUAGCUAACAUUUGGGUGACCGGGCUCAGGUACAUGAUAUCCUAUGGGAAACAUACCCUGAACAUGAUUGAAAGUAGUCAGAACAACCUGCGCUCUUCUUGGCUCGGGGAUCUCUUCGACGAGGCCGACGUGAGCGGCAGCAAAAGUAUAAGUCUGUGUACUGCCGUACAGAUGACCAAAAAACUGAAUCCUGGACUGAAAAAUGUUAAAAUAGAACUCAAAAUCAAAGAGCUACAUAAAGCAAAAGACAAAAUGGGGUGUGAUGUUACAAAGGAGGAAUUUGUUGAGAUCUAUCAUGAUCUUUGCACGAGGCCGGAAAUAUAUUUCUUGCUCGUUCAGUUUUCUAGCAACAAAGAAUUUCUUGAUACCAAGGACUUGAUGAUCUUUUUAGAAGCAGAACAAGGCAUGGCCCAGGUUAGUGAAGACACAAGCUUAGAGGUUAUUCAGAGGUAUGAGCCGUCGAAAGAGGGGCAGCUCAAGGGCUGGCUGUCAUUAGACGGAUUUACAAACUACCUUAUGUCCAACGACUGCCACAUUUUUGAUCCGGAACAAAAGACCGUAUGCCAAGACAUGAACCAGCCUUUGUCUCACUAUUACAUUAACUCCUCUCACAAUACCUACCUAAUCGAGGACCAGUUCAGGGGUCCCUCGGACAUCACAGGGUACAUCCGUGCAUUGAAAAUGGGAUGUAGAAGCGUAGAGCUCGAUGUUUGGGAUGGGCCUGACAACGAGCCAGUAAUUUACACCGGUCAUACCAUGACGUCGCAGAUCGUCUUCCGCAGCGUGAUUGACAUUAUAAACAAGUACGCCUUUGUAGCGUCUGAAUUCCCUCUGAUUCUGUGUUUGGAGAAUCACUGUUCCAUCAAGCAGCAGAAAGUAAUGUUUCAACACCUCAAAAAAAUCCUCGGGGACAAAAUUCACACCGAUGCACCAAAACCCGAAGACAGCUACCUUCCCUCCCCCAACGACUUGAAAGGCAAGAUUCUUUUGAAAGGAAAGAAGCUAGGGAACACCUGCACGAGCUCGGAGGGGGAAGUGACCGACGAGGACGAAGGGGCAGAAAUGUCUCAACGAAUGAACAUCGAAGGAGGGGAGCAGCAGACUGUUACCCAGGCGAAAAAGUUUCACCUCACCAAAGACCUCUCUGACCUGGUGACCUUGUGCAAAUCUAUUCCGUUUAAAGACUUUCAGACAGCAUUCCAGAACCAGAAGCAUUGGGAGCUUUGCUCUUUCAAUGAGGUCUUUGCUAGCAGGUGUGCUAGCGAUUCUCCUGGUGAAUUUGUAAAUUACAAUAAGAAGUUCCUUGCUAGGGUUUACCCUAGUCCAAUGCGGAUCGACUCGAGCAAUAUGAACCCUCAGGAUUUCUGGAAGUGCGGUUGCCAAAUAGUUGCAAUGAACUACCAAACUCCAGGCCUGAUGAUGGACCUGAACAUCGGCUGGUUCCGGCAAAACGGCAACUGUGGCUAUGUACUUCGUCCAGCCAUAAUGAGGGAGCAGGUGUCUUAUUUCAGCGCAAAUACUAAAGAUUCAGUGCCCGGAGUAUCUCCACAACUCCUUCACAUAAAGAUCAUCAGUGGACAAAAUUUCCCCAAACCCAAAGGCUCAGGUGCCAAAGGAGACGUCGUAGACCCUUACGUAUACGUCGAGAUCCACGGCAUCCCCGCCGAUUGUGCUGAGCAAAGGACUAAAACCGUCCAUCAGAAUGGAGACAACCCCCUUUUCGACGAGAGCUUCGAGUUUCAGGUUAAUCUUCCUGAGUUAGCGAUGGUACGCUUCGUCGUUCUGGACGACGACUACAUUGGGGAUGAAUUUAUCGGUCAGUACACUAUUCCUUUUGAGUGUCUACAGCCAGGCUUUCGCCAUAUUCCCCUUCAGUCUUUAACUGGUGAGGUUCUUCCUCAUGUCUGGUUGUUUGUCCACGUGGCCAUUACCAACCGACGUGGUGGGGGCAAGCCCCACAAAAGAGGGCUGUCGGUCCGCAAAGGCAAAAGGAGUCGGGAGUACGCCACCAUGAGGAUACUGCUCAUCAAGGCGGUGGAUGAGGUUUUUAAGAGUGCCAUACAGCCGCUCCGAGAAGGAACUGACCUCAGAGAGAACAUGCAGAACUCUUUAGCGUCGUUUAAAGAGCUGUGCGGUUCGUCAGCGGUGGCCAAUCUGAAACAGUGCAUCCUGGCCCUGUCGUCUCGUCUCACGGGUGCAGACAACAACCCGCUUGUGCUGUUCAACCUGAAGGAGCAGUACCCCAGCAUGGAGGCUCAGGGGCUGCUGCCUGAUGUCCUAAAGAAGGUGCCCGCUGCGUAUGAGACGAUGGUCCAGACGAGCAGGACGCUGCUGGAGAACUCGGACGGCGUCUACGAGAGGAUACUCCAAGUGCAGAAAGCAGCUAUGGAGUUCCAUGAGAAUCUUCACGACAUGGCGGUGAAGGAGGGUCUGAAAGGCAGGAAGCUCCACAAGGCGGUGGAGAGCUUUACCUGGAACAUAACUAUUCUAAAGGGUCAGGCUGACCUGCUGAAGCACGCACGGGCCGAAGUGCUGGAGAACCUGAAGCAGGUGCAUUACGCCGCACUCACCUGCAACCUAGCCAAAGGGGCGACGUCGUCCAGCUCCGAGUCCAAAUCCCACCGCAGCCUGGGAGCCAUUCCAGAGAGGGCGCCAGGAGAGGACGACGUCAGCGAUGACGAGGAGAACUAAGGGCUCGUCGAGCUCGCCGAAGUCCUGCUGAAACUGUGCCAUUACAGAGGAAGAGUAAAGUGAUCUAGGGAUAAAGAGGAAGCCAGGCUGUUCUGUGUCUCUUUUACACUUUUUCCAGCGUCAUUCCAUACCCGUUGGGCCGAAGUGCCUCAACAAACCUCGCCAAAUCCUGCCCCCCCCCUUCCCCCUUCCCCUUUCCCCCAGCCAAACCCCAAAACCUCAAUCCUCCACCCAACUCAGGGUAGUCUAACAGGACUACUUUUAUUUCCAGAGCCUGCUGAUCGCCUUGCUAGUGUGCUGGCACAGUGUCGUGAUUCACUGCAGUGUUGAACUCAGACGUGCACUUAAGGAGCCUCGCUCCGGGACCGCCUAUAAGCACAAAUCUAACGGAUUUAGAGGAGCCGAAACUGGAGCUGAGAACGAGAACGCGAGAACGAAUGAGUCGAGCUGUUUACAAUAACAAACUAAUUCAUGUUCUGUCUGCCAAAACAGUAUAUAUAUAUAUAUAUAUAUAUAUAAUAUGGAGAUCUGUUACCUUUUUUUUGCAAUGUGCACCGAUUUAAGGGAGGAGAUUUAUUUUGUUAAGCUGUUUUAAAGAGAAUAUUUUAUUUGUGUGAAAGAUGAGCAGAAAGAAGAAACGUAUGCCACUUACGGGUGAUUUGAUGAAACGCGCGAUACCUUCAGACGCGACCAGCUGAGGAAAUGUGUGUUACAGGUACAUGGUUGACUCCUAGUCACCAUUACAGUUAUGAUUACAGUGACGGUUUCUGGGUAAGAUUUGCCUAGUGGUUUGCUAGAGGGAAACAUCAUUUCCAUGUGUUUUGCCUAAGCUAAGCCUGCCUAGCGCCAGCCCGUAAGAGUCUGUCGCCUUCUCCGCUGUUCGUCUCCGGCUCAUCUCGCCGGACUUUUCAGCCCGAUCUCCCAUCCCAAUUUCCAUCAUCUUACCAGAACGUCAAGAAACGGGAAACGGUGUCGUUUGCUACGUUUCAGUGCCGUAAACGUCAGUGUCUUUUGAACUGUAGUUCAACCAUUUAUACCAACGGGGAAGCGGGUUAGUUUCGAAACAGAACAGCAGUUUUGUUUUUACCCCGUGAACUCCUGAGAGCGCUGAAAUAAAUCGUGUUGAAAUAAA